AUGGCCACUCAGCAGGCCGUUGCCACCGACCGUAAAAUGGAGCCAAGGCUUACUACCACUUCACCACAACUGAACCGCUCUUGCGAAUCUUGCCGAUCGUUGAAAGUUCGUUGCUUGCCCGACACCAAUGUUCCAAACCAGUGCCAGCGAUGUGUAAAGGCAAAAAGGCCGUGCAUAUUCGUUGCGCCGCAACGGCGUCGACCGCGGAAGCGCACAGAUUCGCGUGUCGCUCAACUGGAAAAGGAAAUGGCUGCCAUGCGCACAGUGCUCAAGGGUCGACACAUAGUCAUCGAAGAGAACAUCAAGGAGGAUUCUGAGUCUGGAAGAGCAGGAGAUGCCGAAGAACCGGAUGCCGUGGAUUUCGGACCCCAAGUGACAGAAAAACCGCAACCUACACAGUUUCAAGAUGUGCAAUUCACAACCCCAUUCAACAGACCGUUCCUUCAUGAUACAUCACAAUCCCCAGGCUACCGCUCCUCCCCCCAAAUGUCAGGUGACGGAAACUCUUCGCUGAGUACCCCGGCACUGACUCUAAAUUCGAUAGAUAAGGGAAAUGAAUUGGACGUCAUUGACCGCGGUGUUAUCUCAUUGAGCACUGCUGAAGACCUGGUGUCUCUAUUCAUUAAUGACCUACUUGUUUAUUUUCCAUUUAUAGUGUUUCCCACCAACACGACUGCUCGUCACUUGCGAACCUCAAAACCCAUCCUUUUCUUAGCCAUCUUAGCGGCUAGUUCCAUUGCAGUCGAUGACAGCCUAGCGACUGCCCUCAAUCGUGAGAUGCUUUCCUUGUACGCGCAACGAUUCUUUUUUCGAGGAGAAAAGUCAUUGGAGAUGGUGCAGGUGCUUCUGUUGAUGAAUAUAUACUAUCUACCUCCGCAGUCACCUUCACAAAUCCAAACAUAUCAAUACCCGCAUAUCGCUGCGACUAUGGCGUUGGAGAUUGGCAUUGCUUCUAAAAAGCGCAUUCCCCGAACAUCUAGGGAGAAUCAGCAGAGGCAAUCAAAGCCGGUCGGCAAAUUUGAUGAACAGAUAGCAGAGCAAGCUCGUACCAUCUUGACUUGCUACCAUCUGACUUCAAACGUGGCAAUGCGGGCACGACAGCCUAAUAUGCUUCCUUUCAAUGACUGGAUGAAGGAAUGCAUCCGACUCCUCUCCUCUUCUCCCAUCGCCACGGACAAAUGGUAUGCGAGCUGGUUCGGGCUUCAAGUCAUAACAGACGAGGCUAUGUCAUCUUUCGGGCUGGACGACAAUAGUUCCACAGCAUUGUUGUCAGAAACUCGGGUCAACAGUGUCCUCCGUUUGUUUGAUAAAAAAAUAGAAGAAUGGAAAGAGGAUCUUGACCCGGAGCAUCUUACAGUUCCAAUGAUGCUCGAAUAUCAGUAUACUACGCUAGUGGUCUAUGAGAUAGGUAUUGGAGAAGGCUACCGUGAUCCAGAUGCGAUUAAACGACAAUAUUAUACCCUGCCUGCUCCAGAUGGUGAUAACUGUGCCAAGCGACCGACAGAACCACUCAGCGCUAUGCGGCUUGACCUCACUGUCAGGUGGAUGCACGCGGCGCAGGGAUUACUCAAUACAUUCUUGAGUUGCGACGUGCACAGCAUGCGAAAAAUGCCUAACCUAACGUACAUGCGUACAGUACUAGGUCUCAUGGUUCUCCUCAAGAUUUACUUUUCCGUCAAGUCCGGUGUUCUGGGGGAGAUCAUUGAACCUGAUACUCUCAACAUAGAAGGGUAUCUGGAAUCAUUGACUCAGAGACUUGCAGAGGCGAGUGCCGAUUGUAAAUACCCAAUUCCAUCUCGAUGGUUACGUGUUGUUGGCGGCAAGUCGCGAGAUUGGUUCGAGCGAUUCCAGAGACAUCACAUGGAUCAAGAAGCACAAGCGCAAGAUGAUCAGCUCAAUGCUAGCAGUAACAGUAAAGCCAAUGUUGCACCGUCAUUAUCGACCGUGUCAAAUGCAUGGAACGGAGGGAUUGUACCCACUCCAACACCAACAGGGCCUCCUGGUGCGAACGUUUCGCUUACAAGAGAAUAUAUACUUCAGCAUCAGCAGCAGCAGCAACAACAACAAGAAAAAGCAGAAUAUCGACACCAGCCCAACACAUUCGGUGCCAACUUAGGCUAUACCGGUCUAUCUGCAGUUCAAGGAAGUAUUAAUGCUGCCAAUAAUAGUAAUACUACCACAACGACAACUACAAAUACAUUCCCUGAUUACAAUCAAGCCACUGCCUGGAUACGAUCACAGCAAUCAUCGUCAUCGCCAAGUGACCCAUCCAUGCAACAGCAAGUCGACUCGCAUACCGGUGGUUAUCACAUAUCACCGCAAGAUGUUUGGGCCUUCCACCACCAGCAACAGCAACAGCAGUACAUCAACCUAUCUAAUCACCACCAGGCUUUUCCUUCGGCAAUGUCUGGUAGUGAUCAUGACAUAUCUGCCAUGGAAAUGGAGUUUGACUGGGUUCCUGAGCAUGGCAUAUUUCAAUUGCCGAGUUUUUAG